AUGUUUUCAGUGCUACAAUUUGAGCCUCAUGUGCAACGUGGUUUAGAGUUCUGGAUCGUCCCCUGCACGGUGUGUGGGGGUGUAAUCCACGAACCCAUCCCAUGGAAGAAGCCUUUCAGGGCCGUUUAUUGCACGACGUCCGGCGUCAAGGUGACCCGGACCGUCAUGGCAGCCCCUAGCUCACCGGGGGCUCAUGGCGCGGCGCGAGUACCAAAAGACACCGAGACCGAUGAUAGCUGGGGAUCGGGUGAUGUGCCCGCGCAUCGUCAGACCGACGUGUACCUCAUCCAUGAAGUCUGUUGGCACCGUCUGCUGGAGCAUUUCGGCCCCGAUGAACUACAUCUAGGGAGUCUUUUCGAGGCAUUGGAGUUAUUGCCCUAUACGCCGGGGCAUUCUCACCACGCAUUUACGCCAGGUGGCCACCCGUCCUUCCACUCGACGUUUGAAGAUCAAGAGAUCCGGCGUGAUGGCCGGUUCGGACUGCCCGCGCUGGAAGAGCUCAUGCGCUUCCCCAGAGACCCCCCUCUGCCAGCUUCGUGUAUCACCCCGCGACGGCGCGCCUCCCACCGGCAUCGAACCGGCAGGGAUGGCUUCCAGCGUCUGCCCCUGGAGAUCAUCGAAGCAAUUGCCAUCUUGCUACCGACACGGGAUGUUUUGCAUCUUCGUUGCGCGUCACGCGGAUUUCGGGGCUGUAGUUGGGGGUUUCGCCUGGAGAUUGGGACGUGGGAGGCGCUGCGCUGGGUUCGCGACACAGCCCUGGCUCUGCAUUCCGGGCGGCCUCGCCCACUUGACUUCCGCGGCAUGGGUCUCCAUCAUUAUGAUAAUACCCUCGUGCGGGGUACGUACCGGGAGGUUGUCGAAAUCCACGCUCCGGUAUGCCAGGUUGCGGUCUCCGUGUUGCAGGAGACCGCCAAGCCUUCCGUCACUGGAUUGGACUUCUUUUUCAAGGAUGGAUCCAGAGCCAUGCUGGGCUACUCAUGCCCUGAAGCAAGGGAGAUCCAUGGGGAGACGCAGUGGAAACAGAUGGGCAUGCCGAAUCCGUACUUCUAUCCCGGGGUUCGCGUAACAAUCGACAUCGAAAGCUUCCAUGGAUUUUCCGUAAGUAGGGAUGUAGCUGGUGGUGUGACCGGCGUUCUGAUCUUGCCCGGGAUGGACUACAGUGUAGGCUACUUGGAUACCGUCGAGCGCUUUGCAGUGGGCGAUUAA